AUGCCGACCGUGUAUCUUGUGAGAGAGUGCAGCACGAGGUAUGGUAAAACGAACGACAUUCGGUUCCAUAAGUUACCGGACGAUCCACAGCGAAGAUCGGCCUGGCUUCGAGCCAUUGACCGCGAUGGCCCAGACGACAUCGGUAGGAGCCAGGGCUACCUGUGUUUGCAUCACUUUUUAACUGGGGACUACGAUAUGAACAUCGAAGUGCGGCGAAGCCUUGGCCUGGAAACGAAACGGGGGCGUCUCAAGCCAGAUGCUGUGCCCACGCAACAUCUCUGGUUCGACGCACCACCAAAGAAACGAAGGUCUGAGGAUCUCAACGGCUCACCGGACGUCGUUGACAUGAUUGUCGAAGAAGGGCCGAUUUUACGUCGAACAGUAGACGGCUGGACACAAACGACCAAAAACGCCGUCACAGCUCUCUGUCAGACUGACGGGGGAGACGUCCAAACACAGUAUACGAUAGUCAUUUUUAGUCUGGUGCAACGAUUUCCUUUAGGGCGCAUCAAGAAGAAGCUGGCUGCUCAACCGAAGCGUGCUGGAUGUGGCGUGCUCAAAGUCUGGAUCCAGCCAGCCAGCAACCAUCUCUUCUGGUGUGCUGCCAUCUGUGACGGCAGCCAAGACUUGCUCGACGACAUGUGGCGGAGCAUACAAGCCCACGUCAUCAACAUACACGAGGACCACCCAGGUCUUUACACACACUGUGUCCAUGAUGAAUUUGGACAAAGUCAAUGGCUCGUUCCUGGUAAUCACGUUUGUGAUUGA